AUGUCUUCCUUGCGCAGCAUGACUAACCAGACUUCUCCUGCUGGUUCUCCUCGCCGUGGCGAUCGUUCUUCUUCUACUAUUGGAUCUUACUCUUCGCAUGCAUUGAUUGAGGAACCUCCACAGUUGACAGCUGCACAAAUUGCAUCGACUUACUUCGCCCAAGAACUGGCCUUACAUGAAUCCGAGUUCACAACUGCGCAGGUCGCAGUCAUUCUUCAUGAUGCUUGCUACGGACACAGAUUCUCGAGGCCAAAGACUUCCAAGGGUAUGCUGAGCAUGAUUGUCGAGAGACCAGAGCGCGUAUUGGCCGCAGUCUUGGGCCUUUCGGCUGCCUACGUCCGUCUUGGAUCGAGGCACUCCGGUGGGCAACAUGCUCCUCAUCCAGACAAACAACCAGACUCGCACAUCCCGUUCAAAAUCAGGAAAACUUCUCGGGCAGUGCCAUUAACUUCGCCAUUUGUUUCUGCUGUUCACGGGACUGAGUGGAUGAAGGAGCUCGAGACUAUGUGCAACGCCGCUGGAGAGAAACUGGAAAUGCAUAUGAAGGAAUUGGCUAGACCGCAAGUGCCAGGCUCGACAACAGAAAAGCAACCUUUCCAUGAAGGCGAUCUGUAUCUCUGCUCGGAGUCACUGAAUGCACUGCAGGGUGCGAUCGGCGGUGUCUGCGAUGCUGUUGACACAAUCUUCUCCAGCAUCCCGACUUCUCCAAAACGUGCCUUUGUGGCCAUCCGACCACCUGGUCACCAUUGCUCUUCUGAUUUUCCUUCUGGCUUUUGUUGGAUCAACAAUGUGCACAUUGGUAUUGAAUAUGCUGCACAGACCUACGGUCUCACACAUGCUGUAAUCUUGGACAUCGACUUGCAUCACGGUGAUGGAUCUCAGGACAUCACUUGGGACAGAAACGCGAAGAGUGCAAGAAUGCCUAAAAAUGCUUCGUUCACGAAAAAGACUGCAAUUGGUUACUACAGUAUGCACGACAUUAACUCAUAUCCUUGCGAAGAUGGAGACAAGGAAAAAGUCACCAAUGCCAGUCUUUGCAUUGACAACAUCCACAAUCAAUCAAUUUGGAAUGUCCAUCUAGAAGCCUGGAAGACCAUGGACGAAUUUUGGGCUUUAUAUGAAACAAAAUACUUGAUUCUGCUGGAGAAAGCUCGAACGUUCUUGAAAAGGCAUACGCAGACGAUCAAAGAUUCACACAAGCAAGCUCCGCCAAGAGCUGCUAUUUUCAUCUCUGCUGGCUUCGACGCAAGUCAGUGGGAAGGUGCUGGUAUGCAGCGACAUGCAGUCAAUGUGCCUACCGAAUUUUAUGCUCGCUUUGCAAAGGAUGUCGUCAAGCUAGCUCAAGAGGAGGGAACGGGUGUCAAUGGUCGUGUUAUUUCCGUGCUGGAAGGAGGUUACAGUGACAGAGCCCUCUGUAGUGGUGUGCUCAGUCAUAUCUCUGGUCUCUGUCAGGACCCGAGCUCGACAAAUACCAACGGGUCGCAAGUAUCUCUUGCCGACGAUGACAUCGCAAGUGCAAUGCAGAGCAUGAACAUCUCCAAUGGCUCGCUGAAUCGCACCCCUGAAUACGAGCCGAGCUGGUGGGAUGUCAAGAACUUGCAAGCUCUGGAGACCCACGUCACACCACCGCCGCCACCAGCUCCUACAAGAACACAACGCACCGCUAUGCCAACAUAUGCUACGCCCACUCAGUCAUUUACAGGAAAAGUAGUCGAUCCACUCAAAUUUCAGAGGUCAAUCUCAGGCACAAUGCGUCCGAUGUCACCCAGGCCUGUUGGACCAAGGGAACCACCUGAGGUCAAUUGGAUCGUCGCUGUCCACGAACUAAGCAAGCUUAUCAUUCCUUCCGAUCGUCAGACAAGAAGCCAUGCGCCAGAAGAUCUGGCUCCGGUCAGAAUCAAGAAGGACAGAUUCUCUGCACCAGUCAUUGUACCCGCAGAGCCAGUCGCAGGUGGAAGACAAUUGCGAACCAGAAAGCCAAAGGGCGCAGGCACUGUCAGUCCACCAACCGAGGCAGAAAUGUUGGUCAAGCCUCUCCCAGUCGAUCUUGCUAGACGCCAGACGAUUUCGGAACUGCCAACAUCAGCCAGUGUUGAACCUGCGCCAAUCCAACAGCCAAAACGAAUGACAAGAAGAACCAGCAAUAUGUUCGAUAUGAAAUCGGAGGCUGCAGAGGUUCCACCAGUGCCUGCCAUGCCUACGGAAGUACAACCUCCCAGCCCGAAGAAGUCGCGUGCAAAGGUGUUGAAACCUGUGGUGCCAGAAGAGCCGGUUAUCAAGUCAGAACCCUUCGUGAAGCAAGAGCCGGAGCCGUUUUCCAAGCUUGAAAACCGCAUGACACGUCCCGAACCGAAGCGUUAUCCCUCAGAACCGUCUGUACCGACUGCAAUGCCUCUGACCAUCGACUAUACCAAACCCAUCAACCACAUCCAGCCUCUACGACCUGCCGGUAUCAAGCGAAUUCACCUCAAGGUGGGAACGAGAGAGGAACACGAUCGCAAAGUAAAGGAGAUGGAAGAGAAAGCCAAAGCAGAAGUUAGACCGAAGCCGACCAUGCCUGAGAUGCCAAUGCCCGAACAAAUAGUCGAGCAGGCGGCUCUAAAGGUCGAACAGGACAUUCUACAAACCGAUCCACCCAAGACAGAACCCAGUUCUGAUCCACAGAUGACAGAGCAACAAGCCUCGCGUAGGCCUCCAGCUUCGGCUUCGAAGACUGUGCCUUCUGAGUUGACGCACAGAGAUUCGCCACUAUACCUCGACCUGGAGGAGAGUACACCGCAACAGGCUGCUGGCGCGUCUGCCACGUCAAGUCGACCACAAGCUGUGAACUCUCAACAGAUGCCGACCAUGGAGAAGCAGGAAGUGUUUGACAAUGCCAGGCCAUCCACCCAGGGUCAAGCUCCUCAAUUGGAGGCUUCCCCGCUUCAGCCCGAACCACAACACCAGUUCGCUCCAGUCACACAACACAACCAAACGUUCUUCAACCCUUCAUACACGCAUCCUCAGAACAACCUCCCAAUCUUUUCUAGCACUGGGGCGAUCCCUUUCGCUCCUGCUCAAGCCAGACCAAGCGGUCCCAAUCCAGUAUCUGGCCACGGGAAUGGAGUGUCGAGAUCAAUGCUCGAAGACCUUCCUACUUUGCAUAAGGUUAUCACGCCCGAUGAUGUCGACAUGAUGGAUCUAGACAGCCCGGAGAAGAAGAGAGACGAACACAGGGUCAUUCCUGAAACACCACAGCACUAG